AUGUCGAGCAGCGCCAUGGCGAAACGCCUCGAGGGCAAGACCAUCGUCAUCACGGGGGCGUCGUCGGGCAUCGGGCGCAGCUGCGCCUUUGAGUUUGCGCGCACCAGCCCCAAGGACCUGAAGCUGGUGCUGACGGCGCGGCGCAUCGACACCCUCAAGGAGGUGGCGGCCCAGAUCGCAGCCGAGGUCGGGCCGGGCGUCAAGGUGCUGCCGUUCCGGCUCGACGUCAGCAACCCGGCCGAGGUCCGGGGGUUCGUGCAGGCGCUGCCGGACGAGUUCCGCGACAUUGACGUGCUAGUCAACAAUGCCGGCCUGGUCAAGGGCGUGGCGCAGGCCCCCGCCAUCGCCGAGGAGGACAUCAACGUCAUGUUCGCGACCAACGUCACGGGGCUCAUCAACCUGACGCAGGCGGUGCUGCCCGUCUUCAAGGAGCGGCCCGAGGGCGGCCGGGGCGACAUCAUCAACAUCGGCAGCAUCGCCGGCCGCGAGCCCUACGCCGGCGGGUCCAUCUACUGCGCCACCAAGGCCGCCGUGCGCAGCUUCAGCGACAGCCUGCGCAAGGAGCUGAUCGCCACCCACAUCCGCGUCAUGGAGGUCGACCCGGGCCAGGUAGAGACGGAGUUUUCCGUCGUCCGCUUCAACGGAGACAAGGCCAAGGCCGAUGCGGUUUACGCCGGCUGUGAUCCGCUCACGCCCGACGACAUCGCCGAGGUGGUUGUGUUUGUCGCGGGCCGACGAGAGAACGUGGUCGUUGCCGACACGCUGAUUUUCCCGAGCCACCAGGCUGCCGCUGGCGUGAUGCACCGCAAGCCGACAUGA